CCAUUCGAUGCGUGACUGCAGGGUUCAAUGAUUGAAAUGCGUGUGAGAUAGUAUAUCAAUAUGUGAAAGGAACCUCGCCGAGGAACAAGCGAUGUCUACUUCUCUUCCGGUGAUCGUCUGUUUUAUCAUUUCUUUUGGUGGUAUAGCGUCAUGUCUACGAAACUUUCGAACCGACUUUCUGGAGGAAUGGCCGACUCCUGGGACAGGGCCCCAUUUCGACAGCUCCAUGCAGUCGAACUUCACCGGUCUGGUGGGCAAAACGGUGCAGCUGGUGUGCAAAGUGAAGAACCUAGGAAAUCGAACAGUUUCCUGGGUGAGGCAUCGAGACAUACACCUGUUAACGGUCGGUCGUUACACCUACACCAGCGACCAACGUUUCGAAGCUUUGCACUACCCUCACACCGAAGAGUGGACCUUGAAGAUACGAUAUCCACAGCGCAAGGACUCUGGGAUUUAUGAGUGCCAAAUAUCAACGACACCCCCAAUCGGUCAUCCUGUUUAUCUAACGAUAGUUGAACCGAUCACCAUAAUAGUCGGAGCUCCCGAUCUGUUCGUGAACAAAGGGAGCACCAUUAAUCUGACUUGCAUCGUGAAAUACGCUCCAGAACCACCGCCCAUGAUGAUCUGGAGUCACGAUACAGAGGUAAUUAAUUUCGACUCGCCGAGAGGCGGUAUCAGUCUGGUGACCGAAAAGGGGCCGGAAACCACGAGUCGUUUAAUGAUCCAGAAAGCGGUGCCCAGCGAUUCCGGGAUCUACACCUGCGCUCCGAGCAACGCGAAUCCGAGCAGCAUCAAGGUGCACGUCGUUAACGAGGAACAUCCGGCUGCGAUGCAUCACGGGGACGGAAGUUCGUCGUACGCCAAGACACGGCCGAUGUGUUUUAUAAUUUUAAUAGUAGCUAACGUAAUAUUUAUAUAACGGGAAGAACGGCAGAAGAGACGAAAGAAGGAAAGAUAAAUACAUACCCGAUACGAUAAUACAGCGCGAUUUCAUUCGAUCGCCAUCGCCUAUGGUCGUUAAACGUUCUUUGGGUAUAUAUUUGCGCAGGGUAAAACCGGAUAUUACCAACAUUUACAUUAAAUUUCCGUGACCAAAGAGUUUUUCGAAUAUCAGCACGGCACAAUAAUCGGUAAGAGCGUAGUAUUUUGUUAAGAUAUAUCAUCAAGAAACGAGUAAACUUACGACGUCAAAAUUUAUUGUAUUAUUUGUAAAUAAAUUUAUUGUAUGUACAUAUCAAUAAAACGAUUGUCUUUACCUG